AUGCGCCUAUGUAUGCAUGCUAAGGUUUGGAUAAGAGGAAUUGUGGUGAAAUUGUUGUCUUGUAAAAUUGUACAUCAAAUAAUGCCAAAGAUGCAUGGUCGGAGAAGCUUCCAGAAACAUUGCGGGCUAUACGGACAUCAUUUCGAACAUCCACAGGGAAAAAUCCCUUCUAGCUCGCAUUCGGUUCAGAAGCCGUUGUGCCAGUCCAAAUUGGCAAGGCCUCCUACCGAACGGCGAACUUUGCCCCCAAGCUAA